CGACUGACCCGUCUCUACCGGAUGUUACAAGGAGGCGCACCACCCAGCUCCAAGACACCCAGUGACAGACCGGAAGCGCUGCGGCCAGCAGAGGAAGGGGGUGUAUUGGGUAAAUAAAGACUCCACUACGCCUCAAGACUGUACAGUUUAUGGCCUUUGAACGUCCGGGCGGCACUAAGAGGACCCCAUGUCUUUUCUCCGCUGGGUGUCAGACAGGAUCCUGGUUGAUGGUUUGAGAGAACUGGAGUUUUUCGGAGACUCGCAUUUAGGGGACUCUCGAAGGAAAACCAAUGAAGCAGCGAGUGUUGAAUCUAUAGCAUCCUCUCAUGGUCCCAACGCUAUGGGAAUCUACACCCCGGACAGCAGUUGUUAUGAACUGUUAACUGUGAUAGGUAGAGGAUUUGACGACUUGAUGACUGUAAAUUUAGCUCGUUACAGACCAAGUAGAGAAUAUGUUUGUAUCAGGAGGGUGAAUUUGGAGUUCUGCACCAACGACAUGGUAACCUUCCUGCAGACUGAGCUCCAUGUGUCCAAGCUGUUUAACCACCCAAAUAUCCUUCCCUACAGAGCCACAUUUAUAUCUGACAAUGAGCUUUGGGUGGUAACUCCGUUUAUGGCUUAUGGUUCAGCCAAAGAUCUUAUCUGUACUCACUUUGCAGAUGGGUUGAGUGAGCUGGCAAUCGCAUACAUCCUUCUAGGAAUGCUAAAAGCUUUGGAUUAUAUCCAUCAUAUGGGAUAUGUUCAUAGGAGUGUGAAGGCAAGUCACAUCCUUGUCUCUCUGGAUGGCAAGGUCUACCUCUCUGGCCUUCGCAGCAUCCACAGUAUGAUAACUCAUGGGCAGCGUCUUAAGGUGAUACACGACUUUCCCAAGCACAGUGCCGGGGGCCUUCCCUGGCUGAGCCCGGAGGUCUUGCAGCAGAACCUACAUGGGUACGACGCCAAAUCCGAUAUCUACAGCGUGGGAAUCACAGCAUGCGAGCUUGCUAAUGGCCACGUACCAUUUAAAGAUAUGCAAGCCACACAGAUGCUACUGGAAAAGUUGAAUGGUACAGUUCCCUGCCUGUUGGACACAGCCACCAUUCCAGCCUCUGAGCUGACUAUGAAAACAUCCCGUUCGGGAGCAGACUCUGGCAUUGGAGAGGGAACAUCCAAUCGUCCUACCAACGGUGAACCAUCUAUGCAUCCUUAUAACCGCAGCUUUUCCCCUCAGUUCCACAAUUUGGUGGAGCAGUGUCUACAGAGAAACCCUGAACUGAGGCCGAGUGCAGGCACCCUCCUCAAUCAUUCCUUCUUCAAACAGAUAAAACGCAAAGCAUCGGACGCCCUCCCAGAACUGCUUUGUCCUGUGUCGCCAAACACCAGCUUCGAAUCCGCUCGAAUACUGAACCCCCAGUCAGUUCUGGAAAUGGCGUCUGAUUUGGAGCAACUCGCUAUAGAGGACUGGGACUUCUAGGAGGGAAAAAAAAGGAGAAAAAUCAGAACCUGUUCAUGUUUACACUGCACGUUCCCCAAACGUUUUAUUGGGAACGGGUGCAAGGGGGUUAAUUAACCCUUUCACUUACACUGCUUAGGAGUUUGUACAGCACCAUUGGUUACGGUGAACACUCUUUAAGCCUCCGCACUAGAACUCUCUCACACGUCUUUGUACAUUUCUGUCCUUUUGCCUGUGCUUGAUGACUGGUGUAUUUAAUUCCCCUGUUUUGUAUGCUGACACAGAGUGUGUUAAAGAGCAGCUCCACCUUCGGAAAGAUUCCCUGUUUAUUUUGCGGAACCUGAACGAUUGCGUCAGAAUCUCUCAUUACGCUGGGUCUGUGUUAAUAAUUAGGCAAUUUAUUUGCAUCUGUGGUCGCUGCUGGGCUCAUUGGUUUUAGAGAUAUAGAAUGGAAAUGAACAG